UCUCACGUGUUCAUUGGUGGCUUCCUUCCGACGCUGGAUCUAGGUCAGGAGGUAAAGAAAGAAAUGGGAAAAGUUCUGACGAUGAACUUCAGUGUCUGAUUGUCAAAUGGAGAGAGAAAAUCGCGAAAGUAAAGUAUGGAAAACGAACUUAGACUUCACAGUCCAGUUGGAGCAGAGCCAGUCGUCUACACAUGGCCUAUAUCGUCCUCGGAUGGAAAGGAAGGGGCCACGGAGGUCAUAGAUACGAUAAGAUGGGUAGCAGCAGAUGUUACAGAGUUAAAGUCAGCUCUCAACAACCACAUCUUACAGGAGUAUGACGUUAACAGCUUUGAGAGCAUGAAAAAUGUCUGUGAUAAAUACAACAGGACGAUAGACAGCAUUCGACAACUUUGGAAAGGAACGAGUCGACAGAGUGAGUUGGCUGGUCGUCCGUCUACCGGUCUGCUGAAGCACAUAUUACAGCAGUGUUAUAACCAAGCAGUCAGCGAUCCAGAGAGACUGAACCAGUAUGAACCAUUCUCACCUGAGGUGUACGGGGAGACUUCCUUUGACCUGGUGGACCAGAUGAUACAAUCCAUCAACUUCACUGAGGAUGACUACUUCAUAGACUUGGGCAGUGGUGUUGGACAGGUUGUCCUACAAGUAGCAGCUGCCACUCCAUGUAAAAUGUGUUACGGAAUGGAGAAAGCUGAAUUUCCAGCCCAGUAUGCCAAGGUGAUGUCCUCAGAGUUUGAGAAGUGGACGAAAUGGUAUGGGAAAGACCAUGGGCAAUAUCAGAUAGAAAAGGGGGAUUUUCUUUGCGAGGCAGUGAAAGAGAAAAUCAACAACGCCACAGUGAUAUUUGUUAACAACUUUGCAUUUGGACCACAAGUAGACCAUCAGUUGAAACUGAGAUUUGCCAACAUGAAAGAGGGCGCCAAAAUUGUUUCCUCAAAAGCAUUCUGUCCACUGAAUUUCAGAAUUACAGACAGGAAUUUGAGUGAUAUUGGGACGAUCAUGCAUGUUGCCGAGCUGUCCCCACUAAGUGGCGCCGUUUCCUGGACAGGCAAACCGUUUGCUUACUAUAUUCACACCAUUGAUAGAACCUUGCUUGAGAAGUAUUUCCUAAGGAUGAAAAAUCCCAAGUUGAAGGAUGAGGAGGAUGUAAGAAAGGAUCGUAAAGGACGACUGCUGACCUUGAGAGAUAAAAAUAACAUUGAGAAUAAAGAGAAGGAAGAAGUUAGGAAUGGGGUCUUGAAACGCAGAAGUAGGGCUUGUGUGAAUGCCUUGGAUAGCUGUUCCAAUAGUUCCUUCCCAGCAUCUCGGAACUUGGACUUUGAUAGUGCCAGUAACACCAGUACUGCAACAAGUACCACCAUGGAUGAAAAUAACCAGGUAUUUGGGGCUACCACCCGAAGGCAGUGGUCGGAAACAAUCAGCAAAUCCAAAGCCUCAGCAUUUUUGUCCGCCUGGGAUGGGGAAGAAAGUGAAAAUUCUCAUGUGGAUGUUGAAGAAGAAGAACCAAAGGAGGCAAAGGCAGCUGUGAAGACAGCCAGGAAUAAGAGAAAUGUCAGAAAGGACAAGCCCGUGGGGGGGAGAAAGAGAACAAAUUUUAGUCGUCAGUCUCGUGUGAAGAAAAACAAAGAAAAGGCCAAAUCCAAAGUCCUUGGUUUAGACAGUCUGAACUUGCUGCAUACUCACACCUUAAUGUCAACCGCAAAGUCUGAUUCUCCACCUGAAAACACGAUGAAGUGGAAUGACCUCAGCAUGACCUCUGUCUCCUCCUCGUACUUCAAACCUACCACAGAGAGUCGGUCAAUCUCCUCCCUGGAGUCAGAGCCCCCCGCCUUGCAGCAUUUGCUUGAUUUGUUCAAACAACAGUACAUGCAGUUUAUAUCUUACAUGAAAAGCCCACAGUAUAAGAUUGCCAUUCAGCGAGAAAUUGAGAAGGAAAAGCAAAGACAGCUACAGUUGAGGGCCAAGGCCUUGCAUCUUGAGACCCAGAUUUCAGGACUGCAGAAAGAGGGCGUGUCAAGACUUAAACAGAGAAUGAAGGAGCUGGGUAUAAAUGCUGAAAAUCCAUCUGAGUUCUUAACGCAAGCAAAGAAGAUCGUAACUGGACAUAAGGAGCUACAGGGUCAUUUGAGUAACCUCCAAGGUCAAGUGUCCAAUCUGGAGGCAGAGAGAAACAAACUGAUGGGUGAAACAAAUCAGCAAGUCCUUGGUCAGAAACUGAAUGGAAACAAGAAUGGAUUUAUCAAACCAGAGCUAACAAAUGAUUUGAUCAAACAUGUCAGUACCACCUACUCCCAGAAGAAGAAGUUACUUAACAAAGUGAAGGAGCUAGAAGCUGAGGUACAGGCUCUGGAGAGUGAAAACCAGCAUCUGUCUGAAGUAGAAAAAGAGAACUUCCUGCUUAUAGCUCAGGGUCAGAAACCUGUGCCAAAUCUAUAUCAACGACUUGGGGAUAUAUCUAAGGCAGCUAUACCAUCAUCCAUAGCUAUCCCAUCAACCACCGCUAUCCCAUUAUGCACAGCUGUUCCAUCAUCCUCAGCUACACCAUCAACCACAUCUCUGUCAUUAGCCACAACUAUCCCAUCCAUGAAAAGUGUAAGCAGUGCCCAUGUAGCAAAUGCAUCCAUGAAGUGUAGUCAAGUGAAGGAAGGUUUGCCUGUUGGAAUGAGGAGUAUACUAUCCCCUACUUCUCAAAGCUCAGGGAUCAUACCAUCAUCUUCUGUAGGACAAACCACUGCAGCUUCAGUAUCCACUGCACCAGUAUCUGUAGACUCUUCAAAGCAAGAUCUGAAAGUGAAAAAUCUGUCUUUACAAUCAUUGCUGGAGGCUAGUGCUUUACAGAGAGAGAAAAAUAAGGACAGUUAUGUAAAGUCCAUUGUGCCUGUAUUGGCUGUGGUAGACAACGCUAAAAACCAACAUGUUAAGGAAAACACAUUGAAACCUGUAAAUGGUGUAAAACAGAAAAUUAUAGCCCUCCAGGCACUUAAAGAUGGGGUGCCAAAACCUUCCCUCCCUGUUAGUAUACCACUGGGAAAGGUGAAAUCAGAAGAGGGUCAGACAAAACCCUCCCUACCAGUUAGUAUCCCUUUGGAUAAAGCUAGACUGGAAGAUGUGCAAAAGAACAAAACGGUUUCAACUACAAAAGAAGAAAUGACCAAGGCUGAGAGACUCAUGGCUAUGUAUUCUCCUAUCAGCAGGUCAAGUAGUGUGGACAGUACAGAUGCAGGUGAAGAAUCGGGUCAGAGUUCAGGGGUCAGUAACAUAGGCUUUUCUCCAGCAAACUCUCAGAAUCGAAACGGUAGUAACAGAGGCAGAACUAUAAACAAUUACAUAAAAGCUGUUGUGAAGGAUCAAAUUACAGGCCCAUCUAAGUCAGGAUCAACCACUACUACUCAGUUAAAUUAUUCUAAAUCUGAUGAUAAAACCAUGUCACAAAAGCUUAACCUAGCAGAAGCUUUAAUACAGAUGUCUGAAGCACAUAAUCAUGUGAAGCCCAAUAGUGUGCCAACAUUCAACAAUCACAGCCAUACAAAACAACCCACUCCCAUUAAACGUAAACCAAAUGAUCCGAUUUCUCCCAUUCUGGCUAAGAAACCAAGAAUAGAUUUAUCUCGGACCUCUCCUGCUUCAAACAAGUCCAUGACACCUGUGAGAACACCAGGCUUGGAGUCCUCCUCUAACUCCUGCAGAAACAGUCCCCUGUUCACAAAGGCAGCUGUUAAAGAACAUAGAACUGAAAAAUCCUAUAGACAUUCAAACAGUAAGCCUAAACCUAAAGAAAUUACCAGUGGGUUUGAUGCCCUUGUAGCUCUGGCUUCCUCUGAACUAACUAAAAAUAAGCGCACAGAAAAACAGCUGAAAUCUGGUUAUCAUCACCAUAACAAUGUGCACAAGAAAUCGUCAUCUCGAUCUCACCAAGAUCAUUCCAGAAGUGCUCCUUAUACUAAAAUAAAGCCAUCAGGGCCAAGAACACCCCCUGGGAGCCCACCAGUCCACAAGCAGGGCCCAAGAACACCCCCAGGGUCACCAAGUCAGUUUGUAAACAAUCAAAGGAAUGAUAUGAGAACACAUUUAAAUGGUAGACAUAGAAAUUUGUCUAAUCGUGGUCGAGCCCAGUACAGAAGGAGUGAUACCCAUGGGUCUUACAGUAGCAAGAGCCGAAGUUCCAGUUAUGACUCCAGUCGCAGUAGUCGAUCCCGAUCGUCAAGUAGCUCUUCUUGUAGUUCUGGAUGCUCGUAUUCCAGCAGAAGUAGAUCACGUAGUUCGAGCUGUAGCAGUAGUUGUAGCAGAGGGCCACCAGCUAAAAGGUCACCAGCAAAACAUCAACCUGCUACUCCUAAACCUGCUACAAAACCCAUGAAAGUUAGCACUUCUUUCCAACCGAUAGCAUUAAAAACCAGUAUAGCCAAUGCAACCCUAAAUGGCAGCUAUCGUAUUGUGAAUAGUAACGCAACUGUGAAUAAUCCAGCUAUGAUGAUAAUGGCUAACAAUGCAGUAAAAUCAGGGAAUAAUUUAAUACAAACUGCUGCUCUGGGAAACCAGACUAUUCCUGCUUCGUCUUUGACCAACAAUGUUGUAGUUCUGCAGUUGAUGCCACAGAGCUCAGGGACCCCUGGGCAGAUUAUCAGAACUUCUAUACCAGGGACACUUGUGACAUCCCAACCACCUCCAUCUCAGGGAAAGGCUGUCAACAACUUUAACCAGCCAUUACAACAGUGCUCACAGGUUCCUCCACCCCCUCCUCCCCCUGGUAGCAAUGUAGUCCCACUCAGUAAUGGAUUAGUACCCCCAGCUAAUGGCAUCCAGCCAAAUGGACCUAGCUUUCAGUUUACCAUAGAUAACAGAGGAGGUACUGUACAGACAUUCAAUUUUCCAGAUUUAACAAGGCCACCACCUAAUAUUGCAGUGAAACCAUCCAACGUUACUCUUCCAAUGCCAGUAGCGAAUUCUAACAGACCUCUGCUCCCAUUACCCAAAGUUCAACAGAAAAGGAUGCCCUCACCCUGUGGGCAAUCUCCCAUCCUAACUGUGAACCACAGACCACAAGGCAGUCCCAGUAAUGUUACCAUACAGCCUAGACCUAACCUGAACACAGUACAAAAUGGAUUUCCUGAGAGACCAUACACUACAGUAGCCAAUAUGAACAACAAUUUUUCACCGCCACAAAAAUUUAAUGAAACACAGCGGGGGCAGGCACUCAAGCCCCGAAUUCCGCAACAAAUAAAUACUUUCCGUGGAUCGCCAGUCACAAUACAUCCAGCACCCUCUGGUGUUUUACAGGGAAGUAACUCUAACCCUAGGCAGAGGUUCACUACUUUCACUGUGCCAUUCCAGGUGUUUAACAAGGAUCAAGGCAAUAUUCAACAGCAGUUUGGAAACCAAAUGCAGACUGGUGACAUAAAUGAUGAUUCUCCUUAUCUCAAGUGUCAAGUUUGUGAGAAACGGUUUCAUAUUGAGUGUUUAAAGUCUGGUACCCCCUCCUCUAUGGUUGGAGAUGUAUUCUUCAAUUUGACAUGUUCCAAUUGUGCAGAAGAUGGCCAGGAGGAAGUGAAGAGAAUGAAAAUGCAGUGGACACAGGUAGUAUACCUGGCCCUAUACAAUCUACAGACACUGGGGCAGUCUGGGAAGUGUGGCUACUAUAGGUGGAAGGAACACAUUUGUGCCUACAUAGACAGACACUGGAAUACCUUGUUUGGGUCACAUAGAAAGAAGACCACCCUGUGGCAUGGGACUGUAGCAGGGACAUUGUCCUCAGGAUGUCCUCACCACUUUACAUCUGGUGCCAAUGAACUUGGGGAGACAGGCUGGUGGAGGCUAACUACAAUGAAGCCUCCCUAUGUCAAGAAAGUGAGUACUACCUCUGUGUCCACCCCAAAGUCCAACAGACGCAGAGGUCCAAUGCUGGACUCUACAGUGAAGGUUGAAGGGCUGAGGAGUCGCAGGGGAAAAACAUCCAUAGAGUCCGCCAUGGAACUCAAGGCAAAGAGAGAAACUCUUCUGGAGGCAAAAGAAAUGAGAAGGUCUAAGUCAUCAACCCCAGGAGUUUCCCCUGUUCAAAGUGAGACUUCAGACAGCAGCUCACAGUUUACAACAGGACAAGCCUUUUACAAACAGGAGCCAGACUUUAUUGUAAUUAAACAGGAGGCUUCUGAAUCCCUGGAUACCAGCUUCAGUCACAAUCUUUCUGGUAACCGGAGCUUUGUGUCCAUCGCAUCCUCUGGCAGUGCUUCACAUCGGAGCCUUUCAGAGUCCUUCAGGGAAGUGGACGAGGACAGUCAGUUCUCCUAUGCAAGCAGCACCAGGACAGAUUCAUGGUUGACAGAACAAGAACUUAAGCCUGAUGCAAGUCUGCCCUCAAUGUUAAUGUCUGAUGAUCAGGAUAUGGAGUCUGAGAGUGAUUUUGAGAUUGAUCCAGGGGCAAUAACUCCUCCACCAGAAUCUCCAAUACAGAGGGAAGAGUCACCUACCUUGCAAGAUAUACUUAGCACUGUGUCAUCUACUGAAGAUAUAUCAAGUAGUCAGAACUCAGAGGUUGCUUUAAGAUCCCUUAUGGAACAAAAGGACAACCCCUCAACAUCAUCCCAAUUGCAGCAAAGUGCCUACAUGGAGGAACAACUAAUAUUUCAAGUAAAUAUAAAGAAAGAGCCAGAGGAGGAGCAGGGUCAGAGACAGGAAAUCCAGAGAGAUCCGGAGGAUGAGGAUUCAGUGGUGGAUUCAGAGUCAGAGAGUGACAGUAAUGAGGAUGAGGAGCAGGAGGAGCCAGGUACGUCCUCACAAUCCUGGAGCCAGCCUGUACAGAGGAAGAAGAGGAGGAUAGGACAGGGAGAGGAAGAUAGAAAGGAGAAUAUAGAACCAGCUCCUCCCAGGGUGCACUUAAUGAGCCUUUAUGAAGAAAGACAGCUGUUAAAAAAGAUGAACAUGGCUGCAGAUGCGGGGCCUUUGCCACCAGAACUUCAUCGACUGAGACGGAAACUUAUUGUACGACAGCAACAAAGAGAAAAUGGGCUUCCAGUCUUUGAUGCUGAUGCUCAGAUGAAUCAACUCGCACAAAAAUUCUGGGGAGAUUCUUGGGAAAAUGAGGAAAACAAAGAAUACAACCCAAAAGGUGUGCCCACAUCUCACCUGUCAUCAGGAGAGACCAGGGUGCUGGAUCGCUUUCAGGUGGCACCAUUAGUUUCCCACAUGGUAAGGUUACAGCAGCCCACAUUCAUCAAUCGACUCAUUGGAACAGAUGAUGAUCAGCUGACCAGCAUUAGGAGUCCUUAUACCUCCAGGAUGCUGAAGCCAUUCAUAAGAAGAGAUUAUGAGUCUCGUCCAUUGAAAAUGAGAUUAUUAGAAGAAAUUAAGGCAUAUCCACACAGAGACAAACAAGAUUGGAAGCCUUUACCACCCCCUCCCGUUGACUAUUGUUACGUUCGUCCACAACACAUCCCCUCUGUCAACACGUUGUGUAGAGAGUUCUUCUGGCCUGGAAUAGACUUGUCAGAGUGUUUACAGUAUCCAGACUUCAGCUGUGUGGUUCUAUUCAGGAAAAUUGUGAUUGGGUUUUCUUUCAUGGUGCCUGAUGUGAAGUUUAACGAGGCAUAUAUCUCCUUCAUCUUUACUCAUCCUGAGUGGAGAAGGGCUGGCAUUGCUAAAUUCAUGCUCUACCAUCUUAUACAGACUUGCAUGGGAAAAGACGUGACAUUACAUGUGUCAGCCACAAACUCAGCCAUGUUGAUGUACCAGAAGUUUGGAUUCAAGCCUGAGGAAUUUAUACUAGACUUUUAUGACAAAUAUUACCCUGAGGAUUCAAAGGAAUGCAAACAUGCAUUUUUCUUGAGACUAAGAAGGUGAAACUAAACAGAAUAAUGUAUAGCAUUGUGAUAUGCUAAAUAAAAUGUAUCAAUAUGUGAUGAUUUUGCGUAAGAUUCCAUUAAAAAUCCAGAUCAGGAUUAUAAAAACUGAAUAGAAAUA